CACUACCGCACCGUAUCUCUGCCACACCAACUGCGGCCACCAUUUCUCUCCUAUCCACUAAAUUGAAUUACUAGAUAUGCAGCACCAACAAGAAGGGCUACAGUCAAUCCAUUGUGCUUCGCUGCAAAUGUUUAUUUCUACAGCUUUUUCUAUGCAUCAUUCACAAAAUAGGCGUGAAGUGUCUCCCUAUCCACAAACAUACAAUGCCAACGUAUACUUUGCACCAACGCAUGCUCAAUCGUACCUUGUACCUCAAUUGAAGUGGAUCAUCGGCCGUCCAUUCAGUUGCAUCAGAUACCGUCACAAGAUGAUUCAUUCGCAAGUUUUUAUCUUGAAGGCCAAAUAAUCUUCCUUUCUCAAAAUUGGGGCUUCAUUUGCCACACGCACCAAUUUACUAAAAGUUGUUCCAACUGGAAUUUCCACGAUCUGGUGGGUGUCGUUUCAGUCAGUGACAAAAUCUGCGACGGGAUUUCCCGUGUUAACUGGCAGUAUUAGCAGUUCUGGAGACGGGCAAAGUGGUCCACAUGUCAUAUUAUCUUGACCUGUCCUCUGAAAUGAACGAUGUGGCUUAGGGCCUCUGAUUAUGAUAUUGUCCGCUUAACAGGAUUUCAAUUGAGAUUUUGUUGAAUAGAAAUAGAUUCGAGUGCGGACGAAAAUACGCGGUAGAUGAAAAGGUCAAUUCGAAGUCUAAUUUCAUCACUAAAAAGAUUUAACGCGAUGAGAAGUUUGAUGUAUCUCACGAGAUCGAGAUGCAGUCGUGGCAACAAUUUGUUUUGAGGAGUUCGGGAAACGGUAAAGUAUUGGAAUGUGCAUCGUCAAUGAUAUUUCUGGACGGUAAACUGCAUGAAAGAGCAAGUCGUACCAGCAAAUUAACGCGAAAAU